AUGCUUAUAAGACCUCAGAACGUGCUUGCUCUCUUGAUCAACAUGAUGUCGAUAUUUUUGUUGCCAGCCGCUGGUCGGUUGAGCUUGCAAGAUAUUAGAAAUUGUAACGUUUUCUUGACAAAGAUAAGCGGCUUGAGCUCAGCUGCUGGCCUUCAUCUUACCUUCAACAUACUUCUUCAAAUUUUCGAAACCGAGAAACUUGAACUCGAAGCUGAUAUUACAUCAUGGAUCAUAACCUCACCUGCACUUACAAUGCAUGGUGCUCUCACAUUGAAGAAGUCUUUCUCGUCAUUCAAUUCUUCGAUCCACAAGUUCUCGUCGUCCAUCAUACCAGAGCAAGAUCCUUCGGGAUAUUCUUGGUUCUUUGAUGGAUUGAACUGCUCUCGUACAAAGGCAGAUCUCGAUCAAAGCUACGAGGAUGACGAACACACAGCACCAACAGCAUAUCUCUCCUGCUCUCUUACUCUCCGGUCACGAUAUUCUACAAAUGUCGGAGUUGACCGAAACGACGGUAUCCCUUCUUGCAACUUUAAUGGCAAGAAGAGUGGUGUCGCUCAGAUUCUUGGGAUUUUCAAGAAUAACAUGCGAAUCCGUGCUGCUGAGAUGCUCAACCACCAGAUACAAGGCUACCUCAUUGGUAACUCUUUGGGUAGCCUUAUGAAGAGUUUACUCGGUGAAGUCAGUAGUCAACGAGUUGAACUAUCCACCCCCAAGAAAUUGGCAUCUGCUAGACUAAGCAGAGCCAAAACUUCUAUAAAGGUUGAAAUCGAAGAGGAUGGCGGUGAGGAAGAGGAAAAGAAAGUCGAAGUUGCCAAGGAAGCAUCUGCGAGACCUAGCAGAGCAAAGACUCAAGGUCCGAGGCAGGUCAGAGAGAGACUGACCGGAGAUCUACCAGAAAUGCAAGAAUGGAUUGUCUCCAGCAAGUCCGAUCAUGCUACAAGACAAGGGCAGAGACUUCCCUCCUACGUCUUUCCAACAGCAAAGCUAGUGUGUUCGACCUCAACUGUCGAUGACUAUUCAAAAAGUCUUUCUUCGAUUACUUUCCUUCAAUCAAUGGUCAAGUACCGGAGAGCAUUCCGAGCUUUUGCUGAGAACUGCACAUGGCUUGCAGACAAGGAUAUGUGGAGAUGGUUUGCCGACAACAAGGUUCAAUAG